AUGUUUAUCAGACACAGCUUCCCGAUAUAUGGAAGCCUUUCCAAUAUUCUUAAAGGAAAUCCCUUCUGCAUGGAAGUUCUGGUGGAUUCCUGGCCAUGUUUUGAGGCUGUACUGACACGUCCUUUGGUAAUUUCAAAAACCUUGUCUGAUCCCUUGACCAACUCUUACAGCUUCUUCCUCAGGGAUGAGUCAAAAAUACAAGUUGUCUUGGAACAGAUAGACUGGACAAAGGCAUUUGAGGUUCAGACAAUGCAAGAUUCUUUUCGGCAUGCCUUGGAAAUAGAAGCUACUCAGAGGGGUAUUGCAAUGGAAAUAUCAUUACUUAAAACAUAUCAGGAAUCACUUAAUGAAGAAACAGGAGGAAAACAAAAACAGCGGAAUCAAAUGUACAGAGAGACUUGCAUUUCUCCAAUUCAUGCACCAAUUGUAGAUGGUUCCUGGUCAUUUGGUGGCAGCCCUGCAAGUCUGAACUAUGUAAGCCUUUGUCUGAAGUCCAUGCCCUCCUCUUGUGUUUAUGAUUCUGAAGGAAUUCCAGUGUCAUGGGUACUGUGCGAUCAUUAUGGUGCCAUGCGAGUGCUUUACACUGUACCUCAACAUAGACGCAAAGGGCUCGGAUCCUUGGUUUCUUCUAAAUUGGCAGAAGCAAUGCGAGGGCAAGGAAUGCUGGUUCACUGCCAUGUAGAAGAGGAAAAUAUUCCAUCACAGCUGAUGUUUAAAUCUCUGGGGAUGCAAGAGACCACCAGCAGGCUGCUAUGGGCACGAUGUGAUUUAAAGGGGACAAAAGAUUAG